UAUUUAAUGGCUGCCAACUCAUCGAUAUGUUGACGGUUCACUAUUAAAACCUGCUAUUGUUCAAAACUUUGUGCGAACAUUUUUUAACGUAGAUUUAAGAAAUUGCUUAAAUAUGAGAAACGUAGUAUUUCUUUUUGUGACAUUAAUCGCACAUGUAAGUUGUAUUAAAUUCUACCUUGAGCCAAACUCGUUAAAAUGUCUAAAGGAAGAAGUCCAAGCAAAUGUCUUGGUUGUCGGAGAAUACGAAGUUUCAGUUACGCAAGCUGUUAAAACUGAAUACAUUAUAAAAGAUUCCAAGGGACAUAUUCUUUCAAGGAAGGACGAUAUACCUCAUGGAAAAAUGUUAAAAUUUUCAUUUGUUACCGAAACAUAUGAUACUUUUGAAAUUUGCUUUAUGGCAUAUGCUAUACAACCAUCUUUCUCUGGCAAUAUCAAACAGAUUAAACAAGAAGUUCACUUAGUCACAAAACGUGGAAUAGAAGCAAAGAAUUAUGAAGGAAUAGGCGAAGCUGCAAAACUGAAACCUUCCGAGGUCGAACUAAAACGUUUAGAAGAUUUAUCCGAAGCGAUCGUUCAAGACUUUGCUCGAAUGCGAAAAAAUGAAGAAGAAAUGAGAGAUACUAACGAGGCAACAAAUACCCGAGUGUUAUAUUUCAGUAUAUUCUCCAUGUGUUGGCUCUUUGUUCUUUCCACUUGGCAAGUUUUCUACUUAAGACGUUUCUUCAAAACAAAGAAGCUCAUUGAAUGAGUGACACUAGGAAACAAUGGAAAUUAUCAAAUUUACAAUUUUUACACCUAAAAAAUUUUAUUUAUUACUGUUCUUUCAUUUUAAAUGUACUAUAAAUUCUAUAUUAUUCGAAUCGAGGGAAAACCCGCAUUUAUAACACGAAACUUUAAAAGAAAUUAAUUUUUUUUUUUUUUCAAUAAAACAGUAAGCGUAGGUGGUUUCAAUUGAUUUAGCUUCUAUUUAAUCGUUAAUUAUUAAUAAAUAAAUUGUAUUUGUAUUUGAUUUAAAAAAUGAAUAAUAAAUACCGAUCUAUUUUAAGUCGAAUAAUCGGUUCAGUAAAAUUAUGAUCAUUGACUUUGUAAUAUUUGUGCGUUUAUCGAAAUAAACUAUUGUAUUCUUUA